GAAGGCGUAUUUUAGGCUUCUUCCCUAUCCUGCCCUGGAAGGCGAGAGAACCUCGCAGACAGCGCCGGAAUGGCGGUCGAGGCGGCGGCGGCGGCGGUGGUGCCGGGGAUGGAGGAGCCGUGCUGCAUCUCCCACGCGUUCGACCGCGCAGUCCGCCAGAAGCCUACCCGCGUCGCCAUCAUCCAUGCGGCCUCCUCCGGCUCCGACAGCGACCGGCGCUUCACCUGCGCCGACCUCCUCGCCGCCGUCUCCACCCUCUCCCGCCGCAUCGCCGCGGAGCUCCGCUCGUCUGCAUCCCGCCACCGCGAUGAAUCGCCUGACUGCUCGGAGUCGGAUCGCCCCACAAAAGCGCCUAGGAUCGUGGGGGUUUACGCCUCGCCUUCGGUCGAGUACAUCGCCGCCGUCCUCGCCGUGCUCAGAUGUGGGGAGGCGUUUCUGCCACUGGACCCGUCGUGGCCGGAGGAGAGGAUUCGAUGGGCUACCUCGGUGUCGAACGCGGCGCUGGUCGUAUCAGCAGGGGGUUUGGGAGCAGCUCAUGUGUUUGCGAGCAGCGCAUUUUCUGUUAUUCGCAUGGACGGUGACCUAUGGCAAGGGUCUGAGGAUGGAAAGGAUGUGAUUGGUCGAGAGGAGCUUGCUUGGCCCUGCGAGUGCGAUAGACCGAGGGAUUUCUGCUACGUGAUGUUCACUUCUGGUUCCACUGGGAAACCCAAGGGUGUUUGCGGAACUGAGAGAGGUCUUCUGAACCGCUUUUCGUGGAUGCAAAGAUGGAAACCUUUAUGUUCAGAUGAUGUGUUAUUGUUUAAGACAUCUGUCAGCUUUGUAGACCAUCUGCAGGAGUUCCUUUCUGCUAUGUUGACUUGUACAACACUUGUCAUUCCUCCUCCCAAUGAUUGGAGAGCUAAUCCCGCAUUCUUGGCCAACUUGAUUAAGGCAUAUGGUAUAUCAAGGAUGACUUUGGUCCCAUCAUUGAUGGAGAUAAUACUACCUACCCUGGAGAAAAAUCUUUCAUGGACACAUAAUCCUCUUAAGAUUCUAAUUUUUAGUGGGGAGAUUCUGUCCAUAUUUUUGUGGAGGAGAGUGCACAGGAUUCUGCCAGAGACUACUAUUGUCAAUCUGUAUGGGAUGACAGAGGUUUCUGGUGACUGUACAUUCUUUGAUUGUACGGAUCUGCCUGCAAUUUUAAAGAGAGAAGAAUUAACUAGUGUACCAAUUGGAUUUCCUAUUUCAAACUGUGAAGUUUGUAUUGCAACCGAUGCCAGGAUAGCAGAUGAGGGAGAAAUGCAUGUCAGUGGAGCAUGUUUAUUUGCUGGAUAUUUAGAAGAGUCAAUGAUGACUAAUCACUCUCAAGGCAGUGGAAGUUCAACAUACUACAGAACUGGUGACUUUGCUCGGCGCUUAAAGAGCGGUGAAUUUAUUUUCCUUGGGAGAAAGGACCGUACUGUAAAACUUUAUGGGCAGCGUUUUUCACUGCAUGAAGUAGAAUCUACCUUAAAGGAACAUCCUGCUGUCAGUGCUGCUGCUGUUACUUUUCAAAAUAAUGGAAAUAAUGGAUCUGUGGAUUUUAGGGCCUACCUGGUGCUUAAGAAUAGCGCUGCAUCUGCAGAAGACUGUCAGCAGCGUAAGAAACACAAAUCUUCUCAAGUAAUCAUGCCAUCAAUGCGAAGUUGGCUUGUAAUGAAGCUUUCACCGGCCAUGAUACCAAGGUUUUUCCAUCCCGUGGAAUCAUUACCUUUGACUUCUUCAGGAAAGAUUGAUUACUUGAAGCUGUCCAGCUUGAAUUGUGCAUCGGAGUCCCAUGAAAUUGAAACUGAAAGAAAUACAGUUAAUCCACAUUUGCAACUUAUCAAAGAGGCAUUUUGUGAUGCCUUACUUGUUGAUGAAGUUUCUGAUUUUGAUGAUUUCUUUACCUUGGGUGGUAAUUCAAUUUCUGCUGCGCAUGUAGCCCACAAGUUGGAGAUUGAUAUGAGGGUGCUUUAUAUAUAUUCGACCCCUUCUAAACUCUUGGACGCUUUAUUUAUGAAGCACGGUUGUUUACUUUCUUCUGGUCAUGAGCCUCGCCCUAAGAAGGGAUUGGACACAUCUUCCAGCAUACCAAGCUCAUUUAAUCCAAUUUCUACAAGUGUGAAUGAUAGCUUUCCUGAAGGCAAAUCACACUUAAAUGGAGAUGGAGAGUGUGCACACGAUAAAAUUACAGGGAAUUUUGCAAAUGAAGUAGAUGACCAGCUUAACAAAAAUAUGCCUUUAUCUAAUGAUAGAUACCAGAUGAAACCCCCCAAAUCUCCUGUGUUGGAUAAAUGCUCAAAUGACAGAAACUGUCUUGAUGACAGUCCAUGGAUCUUGAAUUUUCAUUUACAAAAGAAGUGGUCCCUUGGACGUUGCAAUAGAUUUAUGCAUGGAUAUGAAGGUAAGCUGCAACUUGAAGAUGUUUGCGCAUAUGUUCCCUACAGUGAAAGAGGUUAUCUUCAGGCAAUUUGGAACAUUCCUCUCGGUUCAUGUGUUGAUGCAUCACCUUUGCUUGUCUCCAAUGAUGGGAUGCUGAAUAUAUUUAUUGGUUCCCAUUCACAUUCAUUUCUCUGCAUUGAUGGCUGUAGUGGUUCUGUGAGGUGGUGUGUCAAACUGGAAGGACGUAUAGAGUGUUCCGCCACUAUAACUGGCGACUUUUCAGAGGUUGUAGUUGGAUGUUAUAAAGGGAAAAUUUACUUCCUUGAUAUGUUGACUGGAAAACUAGCUUGGACCAUUCAGACUGAUGGAGAGGUAAAAAUGCAACCAGUUGUGGACAGGAUAAGGAACUUAAUAUGGUGUGGCUCUUACGACCACCAUUUAUAUGCGUUAAAUUACAAAGAUCGCUGUUGCGCUUACAAAAUUUCUUGUGGUGGAAGCAUUUAUGGUUCUCCUGCUAUAGACAUGACACACAACGUGAUAUAUGUUGCGUCUACAAGUGGUCUUGUGACCGCCAUAUCACUUGAGGUAUCAUCAUUCAGAAUAAUUUGGCAAUAUGAAGCUGGGGCACCUAUUUUCGGCUCUAUUGCCAUACAUCAUCAGAGUGGAAACGUUAUCUGCUGCCUGGUGAAUGGUCUGGUGAUCGCAUUGAACUCACAUGGCUCUGUCGCUUGGAAGGCAACUGUUGGUGGCCCUAUAUUUGCUGGUGCAUGUUUGUCAUCUGGCCUUCCUUCUCAGGUGUUGAUACCUUCCCGUGAUGGAAGGUUAUAUUCUUUUGAUACUACAUCUGGUGCUCUUCUUUGGGAAUAUGAAGUUGGAGAUCCUAUCACUGCAUCUGCUUUUGUCGAUGAAGUGUUAACAUCAACCUCAUCUGGAUCAUCUGAAAGAUUCGCUUGUAUCUGCACGAGUUCAGGAAGGGUCCAUGUCAUUAGGAUUAGAGUUGAUGCUAAGCAAGAGAAAGUUAACGGAAGUGUUUGUAGUGACUUGGUGCAAGGAAUCGCUGCCAUCGAUCUUCCAGGGGACAUAUUUUCAUCGCCCUUGAUGGUUGGUGGACGUAUCUUUGUUGGAUGCAGAGAUGGUCAACUACACUGUCUCACGAUCAGCUCAUAGCUUCAAGCCGCUUAACUGGAGGGAAGAUAAUUUACCUCACAUUUCUAUACCGAGAGCUCAGCAUCAUAUCCAUGAUCCACCCUGCUAUGGUUACACACAAGAACCCUUUUACCGUCUGGAGCUGCUGGUCUACAAAGGUUAUAUUCCUAUGCUGCAAACGAAAAACGAAGAUGUAUAUAGUAGUACUGGUAAGGUGCUAGUUUUUGAACGUAAAGAGUUCAACUAUACAACAUCAGCAUGCAACCUUUUCCAUUACUCCGCAGGGCUAUCAAGCACUGCCGUGCUUCAGCUAUGCAUCCUUGUGGUUGUGAUUUGACCAAACAAACUACACAUUCCAGUGGGGGUCUUCUUCAGCUUUGCCUUUACCUCUGCUGUAUGGACAGUGUGGUACUACAAUAGCCUGGACGUUCUGCAGUAUGCCGAUUCGUCGAUGUAAUUCACUGUAAGCAGGCCAAUGGUCUAGCCGUGGGCCUCUGUUUCAAGUAGUUCUUUACAUGGUGGUAGGCAUGUGCAUCAGGGAUUUUUCCAGUCGGUGGUUUGAAUAUAUAAUUCAUAUUUAAGUUCAAAACUCAAAAUCCCCCUGAAGCAUCAAUCUAUGCUUUUAAACAACUCCAAUCGUUUAACCUAC